AUGUCUGCCCAGCCUAGCAAGAGAUCCAAAGUCGACCCAGAGCCCAGCUCCAAUCACGAUAUGGAUCAUACUAAUAACACCGUUGACAGCGUUGACAAUAAUGCCAUUGAGAUCGACAAUCGCCUCAGCGACAUUGAGGGUCCCAACAAUGACAACCCCAGCGACGUUGACGAUAAUGCUAGUGAUCGGAGUGAUACUCUUGUGAAGGAGAAUAGGGAUGUCAGUAUGGAUAACAGGGAAGACUGCGACUUGAGGUGCAAGGACAGGAACAACCGCAAAACUAUGGAGCAUAAAAUACAACUUAAACCCAAUUCUUCCAGGCAACGUAGUGUCCAGUCCCUCAAGCGCUAUGCCUUCAAGACACAUAUUCAAAUUUCACAAGAUAAGCUCUCCGCAAAUAGCGCCCAGUCGAAGGGUAUGAUGGCCCUCGCCAUUGCCAAGACAUCAUCCACGGCUAACGCCAAGUCAAAGCAGAAGUCUUUGAUGCGACGUGGACUAGCGACCUGCGAAGCUGAUGACAAUGCCACAGACCGUGAUAAUGACACAGACUUUGAUGGAAGUGGCAGCACCGCUCAUGUCCAAGGAAAGAUGCACCACCGUCACUCACACACCCUCCAGAAGAAGAAUGAUCCGGUGUUCUUCCUAAUCAAGCAACUGCACGUACAACUGGCGCAGCAUGUCACAGGCUUUGAUACACCCGUUGAAAUUGAAGCAUACGUUGAAUGGGCCGUCCCCCAAACUCAGGCCUUUCAUGAUGAUGAAGGCAGAGGAAACGCUCCACCUCCGAUCUUCCCAUUCAUGUGGGCCAAUGUUGACGAGAGCGACUCUGAGAAUCCAAUAGGGAAGGGGCCGUUUCAGCACAAGACAAUCCUCGAUACAUUUGCCUUCUAUCUCGAAAGUAUAGCUGCGAUACCUGACAGCCUCCGGAAGACCUCGUCCCCCAAAGCUGCACUUGCCCUUGCAACUGUCGUGGUCGAGAGAGCAUGGAAGCAAUGGGCUACAGGUGAAUUAGUCCAGGGCUCAUUCGAUGAUAAAUUUUCGUCGGCGAUGUGGAAUCUUCCAACACAAGAGGUCCUUGAAUCCAUCGACAAACUCAAACCUCGCACAUGGACGAAAAUACUCGAAGGAGCUGCAGCACUUCAUUGGGGCCCAUAA